AUGUCCAGCGAAUUACCAGAUUUCGACCCAUACACGGUGCUUGGGGUCUCCAAGUCCUCAAACUCCGCUGAAAUCAAAACUGCAUACCGCAAACUGAUUCUUAAAUGCCACCCUGACAAGGUUGCUGAUGUCUCUCUUCGACCCCAGGCCGCCGACAAUUUCCAAAAAGUUCAGCAGUCCUAUGAAAUCCUCAGCGAUGACACGCGCCGCGAGAUGCAUGACAAUUUAGUACGUCUGGAAGCAUUGAGAAGUGCUGCAAAUGCCAUGAAUGCUUCGAAAAGCAUGUCAAGCCGGGAAUAUCGUGACGGGCGCAUGUAUGAAGAACGUGCUCCGGCCGACGCUGCAUUUUUCACCGACAGCGAUGAUCGAUUUGCUGAAGAGCCUCCAUCAUAUUCUCAAAAGUACAGCCAGUCCAGUAAGCGCGCCCACACCAAAGUCGGUGAAGAGAAAAAGGCAAAAUCGGUUCCUGUAUCAAGCUCCAGAACUACGAAACAGAGUGAUCGUGACCACGCGAAAUCCAGGCAUCAUGACCGUGCCAAAGAUCGCACUAAAGAGCGUCGCCGCGAUGGUUAUGACAAGUACGAGAGGACCACUGCUUCUUACACCUACGCAAACGACCACUCAGAGUCAGAAGAUGAGUUGGUUUAUGUGAAAGUUUCGAGUCAUUCACGCUCCUCCCCGCGUGACUCAGUUCCACGACGAUCCAAGACCGAACCUGUCACAACGGGACGAAGUCGAGGACAUUACGUCGAAUCCGAUUCUGGGAGUGACACAGAAUACGAACAUAGGAGGGAUAAUUUGGAUAGAAACGAAGACUACUGGAGGGAAUAUACCGGAAAGGGUCGGGGACAUCACCCUACUCGCCCUCAUGCUGAGUAUGAUAGUCAUCGUUACGAUAGGGAGUCUUCCAACUAUUCAAGUCGUUCCUAUCGGAAUGAAGAUCGUGCUCUUUCCCCGCUUAGAACAUCGCGGAGAUCCCAUGACCGCCUAUCCUCUCAAACUCGAGGAUUGGAACGAAGUGCUACAAGCACUACCUCGCCUCCAAAGCUUUCAUCAUCCAGAGCCCCUCCCCCAGUCGCUCGCGCCGCGACUGCACCCUACCCUCGAACGCGCCGUGAAGGCUCCAGCCGAUCAGAGUCAAACGGGAUGUCGAAAUUGGUAAAUAUGGUAGCGGGCAUCUCCAUGGAUGGCCCCAACGUCUCUACUAAAACUCGCCCUCGUGGUGCUGAACGCUAUGACUCUGGCUACUCUAGUGGACCUGGUACACCAGAAAUGUCCCAAGGCACUAGCGGCGUCCCAAAGUCUAGUCGAUACCAUAUUGUCGAAUCACCUGACAGGUACACUGAGACAAUCGUUCGGGAGCCCGCAGAAGUGCGGAAUUCGCCAUCACGAUCUUCAACUUCUAGCCGUACGCCCAAGACGCGCACUUACACAUACGACUCCCGCGAGCGCGAACCCGAGGUCCUAUUGGCGCGACCAGCAGCUUCGAGAUCUUCAAGUCACCAGCAAUUCACAGACGUUCGAUAUGCACCCGAAAUCAGUAUCGGCGGACGUCGUUUUGCGCGUCAGACAGUCUACUAA